AUGGAGCUACUUAUGUAUUGUCGUGGUUUGCAGGUUAUAAAUCAUCAACAAUAUGAUGACAAGGCGGAUGUUUUCAGUUUUGUGAUUGUUUUAUGGGAGCUUGUGACAGCCAAGGUUCCUUAUGAGAAAGAUGAUACCAUUGUAAGCAGCCUUGGGAGUAAGACAGAUGGGGUUAGGAGUGAUAGAGACAAACAAAAGGGUACCCGUGAAACAAGAGACAGAGAUAGGGAUAAAGAUAGGAACAGGGAGGAUAGAAAUGGAAAGGGUAGAGAAAGAGAAAGAGACAGAGGUGGUGACAGGGAUAGGGAGAGGGACAAAGUGAGGGUAAAAAGGGAACAUGGAUGUGAACCUGAGAAAGAAAGGGAAGAUAGAGAUCAAGAGAAAGAGAAAGAACAUGAAAUACCACAUCGAAGUGGAAGCAAGAUCAGAAAGACAUGGGAGUGUAAGGGACAGGGAAAAGAGCCAUGA